UAGCCGCUGCAACCCUCUUCAGUCUUCAGCGACGCAGCGGUCUGGCAGGUGGACGCAGGGAACGCGUCGGAAACCGAGUGGAAGGCUGGAGCUCUCACCUGCACAGGCGAUGCCCAACCAUUGCCGUGACCUUGAGGAGAACCCGGCACGGUCGUCUCGGAGGAAAUUAUCCGAUUCCGCGAUGGAGGCCGCCACUGCGCCCACCAACAAGCAGGCCCGCACGGCCGCUUGGGCCGCAUCUCAGCACGCGGCAACGGCGUCGUCGUCCUUGCCGGUGCCGCCGCCUCACCGGCCGCCGUCGCCGCAACCGCCGGCGCACCCCGGAGCCGGCGAGCCCCGGUUCGACUCCGGGUCGGACGCGGCGGGCCGAGAGUUCGACGAGGAGUACGAGGUGUCGUCCGUGCUGAGCGACGAGUACUACCUGCACGACGGGAUGGGCGACGGCGACGACGAUGAGGAGAGCCCCUGCGAGACGGAGUUUGUGGGUGCGGAUGCAGGAGGCCUCGGCUCUGCCGUGCUUCGUGCACACACGGCCUUUCCCAGCGGCAGCUGGCGUUGCAGCGAGUGCCUCAUCGUGAACCUGCUGUCCCACCGCUACUGCCUCUACUGCUGGUCCCCGCGGAGAGACUCGCAGAGAGACUCGGGCAUCUACCCGGGCAGUGACUCGGACGAGGAGGAGGACGACGAGGAGGUGGCAGCGGUGGCUCUGGCCGACGCCGAGGUGGGAGCGCAGGAGGAGGACGUGGAGGUGGUGGACGAAGAGGAGGACGAAGAAGGGGACGGAGAAGGGAACGGAGAAGACGCGACGGCCGUUGGACAUGGCGGCGGUGGGGUCAAAAUGGCUGCCAGGGUAGCUAAAAUGGCCGCCGCCGCUGCUGCUGCUGCAAAGCGCCGCGGAAAGCAGCAGCAGGAGGCUUCGACGGCGGUAGCGGCCGCCACCGAGGAGCGAGCGGUGGCCGGGCUGACGGAGACGUGCGUGAUCUGCCGCGUGCGCCGACGGGACGCGACGAUCGUGCACGGGGGAACGGGCCACUUGGUGUCGUGCUUCGCCUGUGCCCAGAGGCUCCACGGGCAGCACAGGCCGUGCCCCGUGUGCCGGGGCCCCAUCCAGCUCGUAAUCCGCACGUUCGUGUCGUAGUCCGCCAAAGAAACUAUUACAAAAGUUAUUUUAAACUAUUUUUUUCUAACAAAAAUGUUUUUUUAUCGGGUAAGGUCCCCACUGUGUUGUGUAGCUUAUUUUAUUCAGAAGCGACCUGGCAGCUCAACGAAGUUGCUUUUCAAUCGCGCGGCAAUUUCGAGUUGCAGCCAAAUACCUAAAAUGCGUCAUCAAUUCUAAAUGCGGGGGGAACAAAAUAAAAACCGGACGACCCGGCGAGAAAAAUCCACGCAAAAGACCAAGUGUCAAAGGUCAUCUUCCCCCGUAUUGCCUGCCGGGGCAGUUGUUUUUACAAAACACUGCACCAGGUACUCGUUUAAGUCGACCUGUACGUACGUAAGUAGCCAACCGUCACUAAUCGGAGAGGUGCAGGGGGAACGAAGAACAAUGUACAGUUUAUCUCGUAGGCUUUCACGACCAAUAUUAUCCAUAAUCGAGGUGUUAGAUGGCUAACCCCCCCCCACCCCCCCAAAAAAAAACCUCUGUUACGGAUCAACAAUGUACAUUGAACUUCUUGCGGACCAGACGUAGCCAAACCAUUGCUCAUCGGAGGUGCGGGGGGAAGGACAGGACCUGGGGGGGGGAGGCCCGUGACCGGUUCGGACAUUCUUUGCCGAUGUUCUCCGUAACACGGUCAACAAAUUUUUGGCGCCGCAGGGUUGGAACGUGUCUGCUCUUUCAGGAAUGUUUAGGGAAUGUUUGUUUGGCGGGGGGCGGGGGGGGGGUCGGGAGGGGUUAUGCCACGUCUUGUGUUUUUGUUUCGUGGUUCAUUGUGAAUUUUUUUUAUUAUAAUUUUUUCGUUUCAACGGUUGUUGUUGUCACGCCACGCGUUUCGUUCUCAAACCAAAAACCAUCCGCGCAGACGCCCGCAUCUUUAACGUCGUUUUGCGUCUGGAGCACCGAAGCGGGCCGUCGCUGCAAGGAUGCAAGAGAACUUGGAAAGACAAUCGGCAAUCUGCAGCACACGGCCUGGCGAGCGUCAGAUGCAUGCAUGCACAGGCACGCACAGGGUACCGCACGGAGCAGAAGACCCGGACGGCAGAGUCCCCCCUCCCCACGCGCAACCGUUGGGAAACACGUGGCCGGAUUCAAAGCUUGCCUUGAUGUUCUGAGGAUUGAAUGGAGUCCCUCGGGAUUUGUUGAAGUCUUUUUUAUGACCUUGGAUCACUUUCCCCCCCGAAAACAAAAGUAAGAUUCCAAGAACACAGGAUGAGAUGUUACUAUCCUUUGUGCAAGCACUUCCAAGAGUUCAUGAAUAGUGAGCCUGGUGACAUUUGGGGAGCGCAUCGUCAGUAGUGAACCUUUGGUUCCCAGGGUGUUUCGGCCUUUCUCACUAUACACCCUCCCCAAAGGCGGCCAGCGACAGGGUGAUCAAUCCUACGCUUGCAUCCCAUUCCCAAUUAGUCAUAGGAGUUGCCUUGUUGUUGAUUUGACGGAGCGGUUUCAAAAAGUAAAUGAAUAUAUUGUGCUUGAGUUCAUGUUUGGGGACAGGUUUAGAUAUUUUUCACGUUAAAUUUGUCGGGAUAUCCUGUAUUGUGUUCGGUUAUUAUACUUCAACCACAAUGUUUUU